AUGUUAAGUCCAAUUUUGUAUAUGCUUAGUACUAGUUCGGCCUCUAGUCUCUUGCUCCUCGUUGUCCCGCCUCCGUUUGGGCCUAUCAUUGCUCGCCUUUGCUCCGUAAGCUUGCUUAUUGGUACUUGUUUCUACCGCCUACUCCUCUUGGUAGGGGGCGUCGAGCUUGGAUGCUUCUUCUAUAUGGGUCUUCAUACUCCUCUAUUGGCGUCUACCGGUGUCUUUGUAGUCGGCCCCAGCAGGGCGAGGUCCGGCUCCUCUUGGUGUGGUUACUCGCCGUAUCUUGCCUUCCACUCCCUUUGGGCGAAGGCUCCUCCCACCCGAUACUCGUCAUCUCCAAGCUUGGCUUCUUCCCUUCCUCGAGAGGUUGUUGUGUUCCUCGACCACUACCGUGCUCCUCGGCCACUACCGCCCGGCUUGCCCUCCUCUUCGCUUCAAGGGAAGCUACUUCUUCCUCCACUCGGCUUCAACCUAGUCGGUAAUUCAACUUCCCGCCUAAUGAAAUUCAAAAAUGGUCUUCCCGCUCAAAGGGACCCGACACUUGAGCACCGGCCUUCGAUUGAGACUUCAACUAUCGGAAGCCGAGCUCCUCCUCCGACUCUAGCUCAUCUUCCUCCCCUUUUAUUGGCUUGGAAUGCCCUAAUCAAAGUCCCGGAUCGGCUUCCCCUCCUCCUCGCUCCUCCGGCCGUUGCUCUCGAUAACCUCCAGCAGUCUCUCCGCUUGACCGAAACGGUCCCCCUCUUCUUGAGCAAGAGCGUCUCUCGUGGUAGAACUUGGCUCGCCUAA